UCAAAUGGCGCCGUGCCCGGCCGACUGGAGGAGCUGGUUAUAAUGUAGAACUCCUGGCUACGUUUGCUGGAGACAUCGGUUGGCGCUCUCUGGUGUUCUUUCUCGUCGUCGUCGUCCUCCUCCUGUCGGGUGGCCUCCAAGAGGGCAGGAUGGUUGGGCUAGGUUUAGGAUUGGGGUUCGGCGGGCGGGGGGAGAUGGGGGCUCUCCAGACCUGGGCGGAAGGCCUACGGAGCCAUCAAGGACUCCAUCAAGGUCGGCCUUGCCAAGUUCAACGCCGAAUUCAAGGAUUUCUUGGUUGCAUUGAAGGAUUAAUAGUUAUUCACCACAUACUGGGAGAGGGUGAUCAUACACUUAGAGAGAGGCUGUUGAUUUGUUCUCAUGAGGAAAAUGUUGUGCAGAUAUCUAGAUUCAAGUUCAAGUUCUCUCGGUUAGUUUCUGUCUGGUACAUGCAUAUGAUUGUCUUUAUGAGAUAAAAUUUAGUUUUAGUUAUUAUUACUUCCCCCUCUGUAGCUUGGAAUUGCUUUCCAUGGGUUCAAACUUAAGCACUCUUCUUGGAGGAACAUAUUGAGUGUUUUCAGGUUUUAAAAUAUGAUAUUGAAGCAGAGUGUCUGAUCUUUACCCAAAAAAAGAAAGGCAGAGUGUCUGAUGAAGUCUGCUCAGGGGGCUGCUAAGUAGAAGAAGAACUUUAGGUUGCAUGGAUCUGCUCAAGAAGUUGCCUGCCUUGCAACAGCUGCUACUUUGCCUUAUGACUGCCAGUUUCAGUGGGCCCAUCUAGUGCCACUGGAGGGUCCUCUCCUUCGUUCAAUGGCCACAGCUGAGGCCAUAAGCAAAUCUAGGAUCAGCAACAGGGGUACAACAAGAAGCAGCGAUGGAAGCACCAGUAGCCGCAAAAGCAAGGGGUUGGCUGCAGGAUUCGAGCAGGAAUCAGCAUAUGGAAGCUCUGGGAAUUUGUGGAUUCUAAGAUGAAAUUUGGAAGCAAGGGAAGAAUUUUGGAAGAUCCGGUGGCUGGAGUUCGUAAUCUUUGACUUUCUUUUGCUGCAUUCUGAUCAGAGUUAGGUGAUAGUCUGUAACUUGAAACAUUUAAUCUUGGGGAACAUGGAAAUGAGAUUUGAGAGAGAAACAUGUCGUAGGAAAUCUUCCAAUGAUCUUGUGCAGAGAAAUCCAGCCCAAGCACAUCCUCUGAAAAAUGAUGUGCAAUCAGUAUCCUCUUUAGAGGGAGUUACUGUCAGUAAACCUAUUGUUAGCAGAAGCAUGCAAUGCAUGGGAAUGCCAGUGAUUAGGGAACAUGGAUGGUUGAGGAAGCAUGGGCCUGAUGUGAUUGUGGCACUUGAAGCAAUCCCAAAAUCCAUGACAGCGCCUGGCCCAUCCAGUGCUGUAGGAGGGUUCUCUCACUCUUCUUCAGCGGCUGCAACACCCACAAUGGAGGCCAUGAAUAAAGCAAAGCAUCCUGUGCCAGGUUCAAGAAGAAAGCAGCAGAUGGAGGCACCAGGAUCAUCAGGGACUGGAUUCAUCGCACAGGUUGUUACUGUUGAAACUGGCGAGGAUGUUGUAUCAAAAAUUAUGACUUUCUUACAACAAGGAUCACGUGCUGUUUGUAUUCUUUCUGCAUGUGGUGUUAUUUCUAAAGUGACCUUCCAACAGGCAAUGACCUCUUCUGAGACAACUUAUGAGGGUCAUUUUGAAAUUCUGUCACUUUCUGGCAAUUCUCUGCCAUCAGAGAGCAGGGACCAGUGCAGCCGAACAGGAGGGCUAAGUGUGUCACUUGCUUUCCUUGAUGGUCGUGUUCUAGGUGGUGUGCCUGGACUCAUGACAGCAGCAUCUCCUGUGCAGGUGGUCUUGGGUAGUUUUAUUGCCAAAAACAGAGAAGUGUCGGACGUUGCACCAGGUGAAGCCAUAGGAGCCCGUAAUCCAUCAUCACAAGGCACAUCAAGUGAUCUUUUGGGAAGCCCUAAGAGUCCAGUGUUUGCAAACAUUGCCACUUGGAACAGUAAUUAGAUGGCUGGCUAUAAAUGCAAUGGAGAUUGCUGGUAGAGUUUUUUGUCGUAUUUGUUCUUUCAAUCCAGCUUUUCCUGUAACCUUGUUUAAUUUUCUGGCUGUCUUUCUUUCAUCACCUUUCUUUUACCAUUCUCUAAGAAUAGAUGCCUUUUAAACUAUCAAUAUCACUGUCGGGCAUUUGAUUGAAUUUCAACCAAAUUCACAUAAAAUCAGCAUCUGUAACAUUGGUGGAUCUGAUAUAUAAAACAAAAAAGGUAUUAGAAAC